AUCCAUGUUGCAAAACUGACCUCCAGUGUGUCCUUGUGCAGACUCCAACACGAUGGUAAUGCGUUUGCCGAUUACUUUGUCAGGGUAGGAGUUUGAAUUGCUACUGCAGAAUACGAUUGCUAGCGGAUCGAAGCAGCUUGACGACUGAGCUUCAUCAGUCUUGUUGUGUCAUGUGUAUAUGUGUAGUAAAUAAGAAGACCUAAUCGUACCGAUGGAACACCUUGGCGAAGGUAUUGUACACUGCGUUCCACGCGUACCAUAUAUUGUCCAAGAGGGCGAGCAGUAUGACGGGAAGGGUUUCCUUGAAUUCCCGGUCCGCUGCGGAUGGAAUCUUGGAAAGAACGGAAAAUUUAGUGUCCCACCUAAGUCGAAAUUCCGCCCUGGCCCUCUAGGAUCUUUGGCCGGACUUCUCCAGGCCUGGCUCUUUUUUGGAUUGCUCUCCGAAGUAUUAGGGAGCAAACAAGUCGUUGUCCUGCAACAUUUCAUCACCAUAGAUGAGCACGGAAAGCAAUAUCUCACCACGGAAAAGCUACCAGGUUACCUGGAACAGUGGAAGAACUCCGUAGAUAAGGAUACAUCACGGAAUUUCGCCACAUUGAUACGAAUACACGUCGCCCUCAAGAAAGCCCAUGACCUGGUAUCUCGUUUUUGUUCUGUCAAACCUAGGAAUGAGAGCUCUACUUGGCCUGUGGACGAGCGAAUAUCCCUUUCUUUCAUGGUUCUUGGCGAAACCCUUACACACGCCUAUAACAUGAUCGUCAAAGCUACGUCAAUCCAUUCACAUGAUAUGAACGGGUUCAAUCUUGGCAGCUGGGGUGAGAGCGCAGUCAUCAAUAGAAGAUUCACCGAAGAAGGGUGGUGUCCUUACACCGUCCAUACCCUAACAGGCAUAAUUGGUCAACGGAACAGCGGGUUACUACUCGCCCUAAGUGUCUCCCACCCAAAAGCUCUUGCAUUAAAACAUGACCGUUGCUCGCGCAAUGAAUGCAUUGCACGUAAGUCGGAAAAUUUCGGAGGUAGAUGUUUUAAAUUAGGAGGCGACUGCACCUGUGAGCACAUUGGUCCUAAGGUCGGAGAAGUGCUUGCAGUCCUGAGAAAGGGCAAGAUCCCACUCUUGCAAUAUGAUAGUGGAAGGCAGGUUCUAGAAGUGGUGGAAUACCGAAGCGGUCUCAAGUAUUUUAUUAUUUCGCACGUCUGUACAGAUGGAUUUGGCAGCGAUACCAACUCUAUGUCACUUUGUCGCAUUAAGUAUCUCCUGGGAAUUUUUGGGAAAGUGACAACGACGGAAUCAGCUUGGUGGUAUGACAACAUCUCGAGCCAGCUGCAUACACCAUACCUCUUCUGGAUUGAUACCCUGGCAAUCCCUUUCGAAAAGGCUCAUCGGCUCGAACGACGAGUCGCUAUUCGAUCGAUGGAUGAAUUCUAUCAAAACGCUACAUGCGCCAUCGUUCUCGAUGCUGGAAUAAUGGAGCAGGAAAUUGGCCGUACUUUCGCCUCAACCGCUAUGAGAAUUAUGACAAGUACCUGGAUUACUAGACUUUGGACUCUACAAGAAGCUUUCCUAAGUAGACGACUCCUUUUCAAGUUUAAAGAUGGGAUCAUUGGAAUUGACGAGCUGGAACGCAUGGACAAAAUGACCGUUGUCUCACCGCUCCCCUCUAUUGCCCAGUUAUACCUUAAAUGUUUGCUGGGUCACCAAAAGUCCUUUAUUUGGGGAGAAGAUGCUGGAACUAUCAACGGCAAUCUCAUAGGAUCGAUAUGGAAGGCGCUUCAGUCGAGAACGACUACCCAUGCGCAACAUGAGCCACUCGCUAUCGCCAUUCUAUUACGUCUGCCCACUGCUUCGCUAGAUGAGUCAAUUGACAUAGAGCCAGCAACCAGAGUAGGUAAUCGAGACAAUCAUGAUCGGAUGGUGAAGCUUCUGAACCUUUGCUCGAAUCAGACCUUUCCUGCGGGCAUGGCAUUCUUGGGUGGGCCAAAAGUUGACGUCCAAGGGUACGGAUGGGCCCCACUGUCAUGGAUGCAGACACAGGGACGCACCCGUGUAGAGGCAAUGAAUGCACCGUCAUUCGAUGCAAUGAUCACUAGCGAAGGACUGCGGUUCAGAAGUGCCGGGUUCAUGAUUCAUCCACUAUGCGCUCAGUCAGAAAUUUUGCAUGGAAGCACCCUAGUUCUGACACUAAUCGAAGCUGCUUUCGAUAAAAUAACGAUCGAGGCCAUCGACACGGUGGGACCUGAGUAUUGCUAUCCUAGUGAUGCAAAUCUCGCAAUCGUUCUACAGCAGGAAAGGCCAGAAGAUGCACAGCAGGUUGCUUUGCUAGUGAUAAUCUAUAAGACCAUGGACAACACCUUGUAUUCAUCCAUUAUCAAACGCGUAUGGGUCUCGAUAGGACAGAGAAACUCUGAGACUGAUCAAUUAGAUGCUUUUCCAAGCACAUCAGAUACGAUUUACGCUAUCCCAACGAAACAAGUCCGGCGCUGGUGCUUAGAUGGGCCACGCCGUUUUUUGAGCACGUCAAAGCACGACAGCUCUAGCAGAGGUGCCUUCGCAUGGUCCGACAUCCGAAAAUGGGCCUGGAAGGAGCCACAGAUCUGGGCUGAAGAAGAAGCGCUUGAUGGCGGUUAGUUCUCAUUCCCUGCUGCCACGUGUUGGUGUCAGGCACAUCAUUCUCGCUGAAGUCAGUAAUGUGACUGUCAUCGGUGUGUAGGCGAGUGCUGCACGGGUACGAAGGGACAGACUUCCUAUCAAUCAGUUCAGUUCAACUUUGGGCAUCUAGUUGAACUGGACUGAAGUACUUCAAUCCUAGCCGUCGUAGAAUUGGAUUGAACUGUCAAUCCUAGUAGUAGAAUUGAAGUUGAACUGGACUGGACUGAAGACUAUAUAGUAAUUCUUAAUAUAAGUAAGUAAUAGGCUAAAAGGAGACUAU